UUUCACCCAGCCAGCUAGCAAGUUCUCCGUGCAGGAAAGAUCACACUUAUGGCGAGAGUAUAAGUUAAGAUCUGAGUCGAAGUUCGCCAGCAGCACCACCUUAGGAGCUAGAUUAUAGUGCUUGGUGGCUAAAAUUAAACAUUGGGCCGAUUAGCUAGCAAGCAAUGUUGGGGGGGGGUAGGUCUAUGCAGUGCUAGCCAAAGCUAGUUGCUUUGACCAGUACAAGUUAAUUUGGGUUUAGAUGACUAUGCACUUGUGGGGACCCGGUGGCUUUAGAUAUUCAGUGGGUGUUGGAGUGUGCUACGUAGCUAACCCACGUUAACGUGUAUAGUCGUGUAGAGAUGGAGCGUUUAAAGUGCUCGCUGGAAGCCGCGGGCCGGUUAAUGGUGGAGCUCGUGCAGAUAGACUGGGAGCCUCUCUCACGCUGGGAGCUGGACCAGCGUUUGGACCAAGCGGUGGAAGAGCUGAUGGAAGCGGACCUGGUGGCGCGUGUCCAGGCACGGUGCGGUCCCGUGCUGCUGCAGGUCUCUCGGCCGCACGAGACGGGACCCGCUGCGACCACGCACGUGUCGGACCCGCGUGCCUCCGCCGUGCACCGCGAGAGCACCGGCGAUAUAGAGGGAAACCCCGCCGUGCAGUACGUCGCAGCCCUUCUACAGAGCUCGCACUCGGGCCGCAGGCAGGCACGCAUGGCAGGCAGGGCACGCCUGGCCCUGUCCCAUACGGUCUUCCUCUCCCUCACCCUCCUGUCCAAACGGCUCAGUUACCGCACGGUCUCGUCCACCUUCCGUCUGGAGAAAGGCAACAUUCACAGAAUCUUCUUCUCCUUCUGUGAGAGGGUGAACGCGCUGGAAGAGCAGAUGAUUCAAUGGCCCACUGGUCCAGAGGCCCUGGAGCACCUGCUUCCCUUUUCCAGCUGGCUGGGCUGGGAUGAGAGACUGGAGGAGAAAGGCCUCCCGCGAGUGCUGGGAGUCUUGGGACACACCCGCAUCCCCAUCCGCCUUCCAAUCAGCAAACAGGACUCCGAGAGCGACGUCCCAGAUGUGAAGAGGCUGAAGAAGGAGCCCCACCCAGAUUCCUGGCUGAACCUGGAGCUGGUGUGCAGCAGUGAAGGCCGGUUCAUCCACUGUCGCAUCACCAGGGGCUCUGAGAAGGAUAGGGGACGUGGCCUGAGCGAGAAGCUCCGCCUGCACCCUGAGCUCAUGCCUCCCCGGACCUGCCUGCUGGCCGGAGCAGGAUACCCGCUCACGGCACACAUACUCACCCCGUUCUUGCCAGGGCGAAGCCCACAGGAAAACCUCUACAACAGAUCGGUGGAGGCCCAUCUGGCUCGCUUCGACCAGGCUGUAGCAGACCUGAAAGAACGGUUCCAAAAGCUGAGGUACCUAGACAUGGGGAACUUUGAGAGAGCAAGAGCUGCAGUGUUGACAUCCUGCAUACUGCACAACGCACUUCUGGAUAUGGGGUCUGUGAGCAAGGGCCAAGCAGAGAAGGAGGAGGAGGAGGAGGAGGAGGGAGGGGGAGAGGAAGGUGGCGUGAAGCUAAGAGAUGCGGUUGUAAGUCUUUUGUACAGCUCCCUGGAGGCGGGGACUAAUUGAAACAUGGGCACAGCCUCGGUUAGCUUCACGCGUUUUCCAAACCAGUCUACUGUUUCCAAAUCGCUCUGCAAAACUUACUGUUUCCAUUUAUUCUUUAGUCAAAGUGUUAAACUAAUGCAUAUUUGUCACUGGUUGAUGUUUUGUAGAUCUAUAAUAACUUUCAUGACAGUCUGUUUUGAUCCCUUCUUGCACCAGGGCAAGUGUACUUAACAUCAUAUGAGCCCUGCUCACAGACAUGAUGGUGGAACUGGGGGGAUAAAGAUGGUCGCACCAGC